CUACCUGUCAGCAGCUCCUGAUACACUACUAUACAGGGAAUAAAAAAUGAGCUUGCUCAGACCAGAAGCAGCAAGCAUCCUUAGGAACUUUCUGAUGUUGCAUUAAAGACCAACCUGCAACGUUAUUUUUUAUUAUUUAAAAGAGGCUUUGGAAAUAUCAGUGAUGUACAUAUGGUCUUUGCUGCUUCCUCUGGUAUUUUGUUCACUUGAUUCUCUCACUGGAAUAUGGAUGAUGCAAGCACCAUUAAAUGCCUCAGCCCAGAUAAAGUGGAAAGAUGUAUGAGUUCCAUGCAAGCUGGCACCCAAAUGAUCAAGCUCCGUGGCAGUUCCAAGGGACUGGUCCGUUUCUAUUACCUGGAUGAGCACAAGUCAUGUAUUCGCUGGAGACCGUCUCGAAAGAAUGAGAAAGCCAAAAUUUCCAUUGACUCUAUUCAGGAGGUUUGUGAGGGGAAGCAAUCAGAGAUCUUUCAACGCUAUGCUGAUGGCAGUUUUGAUCCGAACUGCUGCUUCAGCAUCUACUAUGGAGAUCAUAUGGAAUCUCUUGACCUGGUGUCUUCCAGUGGAGAGGAAGCACGCACCUGGAUCACAGGGCUAAAGUAUCUGAUGGCAGGAAUCAGUGAUGAAGACAGCCUCGCAAAACGCCAAAGGACCAGAGACCAGUGGUUGAAGCAGACAUUUGAUGAAGCAGAUAAAAAUGGGGAUGGCAGUCUGAGUAUUAACGAAGUGCUCCAGCUGAUGCACAAACUGAAUGUGAACCUACCCCGACAAAAAGUCAAGCAAAUGUUUAAGGAGGCUGACACAGAUGACAACCAAGGCAUGCUGGGCUUUGACGAGUUCUGCACCUUCUACAAGAUGAUGUCAACACGACGCGAUUUGUACUUGCUAAUGCUCACCUACAGCAACCACAAGGACUACUUGGAUGCGGACGAUCUGAGGCGCUUUCUGGAGAAUGAGCAGAAGAUGACAAAUGUGACUAAAGAACACUGCUUGGAAAUCAUCAGCAAGUUUGAACCAUGCCCAGAGAACAAGAAGGAGGGAGCUCUGGGGAUUGAUGGUUUCACCAAUUACAUGCGGAGUCCAUCAGGGGACAUAUUCAACCCAGAACACUACCAAGUAAAUCAGGACAUGAGUUAUCCUUUGAGUCACUAUUUCAUUACCUCUUCACAUAAUACCUACCUCAUGGGAGAUCAGCUGAUGUCCCAGUCUAGGGUGGACAUGUAUGCGUGGGUGCUACAGUCUGGCUGUCGUUGUGUAGAAGUUGACUGCUGGGAUGGGCCAGACGGGGAACCAAUUGUCCACCAUGGAUACACUUUGACUUCCAAAAUUCUCUUCAAAGAUGUGAUUGAAACUAUCAACAAAUAUGCCUUUAUCAAGAAUGAGUACCCUGUUAUCUUGUCAAUUGAGAACCAUUGCAGUGUAAUUCAGCAGAAGAAGAUGGCUCAGUAUCUUACAGAAAUUCUGGGAGAGAAACUGGAUCUGUCUUCUGUGCACAACGAUGAUUCUACCAGACUCCCUUCACCAGCAAGUCUGAAAGGGAAGAUACUGGUUAAGGGGAAGAAACUUCCAGCCAACAUUAGUGAUGAUGCAGAGGAAGGUGAAGUUUCUGAUGAGGACAGUGCUGAUGAGAUAGAUGAUGACUGCAAACUAAUGAAUGGAGAUGCAUCUACUAAUAGAAAAAGAGUGGAGAAUAUAGCAAAGAAAAAGCUCGACUCACUGAUAAAAGAAUCCAAAAUUCGUGACUGUGAAGAUCCAAACAACUUUACAGUUACCACUCUACCAUCAUCAGGAAAGGCUGGUCAGAAAUCAGAUAGUAAGAAGAAUAAACUUGAGGAUGAUGCAGAAUCUGGGGAAGAUUUCAGUACCAAUAAAAGGCAUAGCCGAACGUUGAUGGGCAGCUUUUCUAAACGCAAGAAAAAAGGAAGCAAAUUGAAAAAGGCAACCAGUCUGGAGGAGGGUGAAGAUGACAUGGAUUCUCAAGGAAAUGUAGCCAGAGGCUCUGUACAUUGCACCAGGAUAAACCGACAGAAGAAAACAAUGAAGCUGUCUCGGGCACUCUCAGACCUGGUGAAAUAUACAAAGUCUGUUGGCAUCCAUGAUGUUGAAACUGAAAUCUCUUCUAGCUGGCAGGUUUCGUCUUUCAGUGAAACAAAAGCCCACCAGAUACUGCAGCAAAAGCCUGCACAGUAUCUACGUUUCAACCAGCACCAGUUAUCCCGCAUCUACCCAUCUUCUUACCGUGUAGACUCUAGCAACUACAAUCCCCAGCCAUUCUGGAAUGCUGGCUGCCAACUUGUGGCAUUAAACUACCAGUCAGAGGGGAGAAUGCUGCAACUAAACCGGGCCAAAUUUAGUGCCAAUGGGAACUGUGGCUAUGUCCUCAAACCAAACUGCAUGUGUCAAGGUGUCUUUAAUCCAAAUUCAGAAGACCCAUUGCCUGGUCAGUUGAAGAAACAACUGGUUCUACGAAUUAUCAGUGGUCAACAGCUCCCAAAACCAAAGGAUUCCAUGUUGGGAGACAGAGGAGAGAUCAUAGAUCCAUUUGUUGAAGUAGAAGUUAUAGGUCUGCCUGUUGAUUGCUUCAAAGAACAAACUAGAGUAGUUGAUGAUAAUGGUUUUAACCCAAUGUGGGAAGAAACGUUGGUGUUCACACUGCACAUGCCAGAGAUUGCACUGAUUAGGUUCCUUGUGUGGGAUCAUGAUCCAAUUGGACGUGAUUUUAUUGGACAAAGAACGAUAGCUUUCAGCAGUAUGAUGCCAGGUUACCGUCACGUAUACCUAGAAGGUAUAGAAGAGGCAUCCAUCUUUGUUCAUGUGGCUGUUAAUGACAUCUGUGGUAAGGUCAAACAAGCUCUAGGCCUAAAGGGCCUGUUUCUCAGAAAUCCAAAGCAGGCCUCUCUGGACAGUCAUGCUGCUGGUCAGCUCCACCGCAAACACUCCUUUAGCAGCCACAUCUUGAGACGGACAGCAAGUGCCCCCACCAAAAGCCAGAAGAAGAAGAAGGGCUUUCCCGAAAUUGCUUUUGACACAAAAGACAACAGCUCUGAAGGGGCCAGUGAAGACCGUGAAGCAGAAGCUGCCUCACAGCCUCGCUUUGAGCAAGAGGCAGAAAAUGCUCCUCUGUCACCAGCUCCCAGAGAUGGUGCCAGUGGGGAGGUACAUGGCAAAGGGUUGAAAGAUGUCUGCCACUUCUCAAUGCAGAGGUCAGUCACUUCUUUAUGCAGCCUAGAAACUAUCACUGAAGAGCCUGUUGUUGCCAAUGAAAACCAUCAUGCCAGCUUCUUCUUCCCCCUGCCCGUUACUUACAGCGAUUCUGAAGAAGGGUCUGUGUCUGAUCAUUCCACUGAGUCUCAGUCCAAAGGAAGAAGCCCAUCCAACCAGCCUCAAGAAGUUCUACUCACUAGAGAACAAAGACCAAAUCUGGCUGCAGAAGACCAAGUGCAGGCAGCCACGAGAGCAGCUGACGCAAGUAUAUCCGUCCAAGAAGAUGAGAGAACAAGCAUGGCAGGACCUCUCAAAGAAGAAAAUGGUUGGACACAAGCAUGCAGUGAAGCCGAAGGUCAGCCUAGUUUGGCAGUGCAUCCUCAAAAAGCCCGGCCGGUAGUGGCAGCAGGUAAGGCUACUGGCCAACCUGUUGAAAACUGCCAGAAGCAAAAUGACCAGACAGUUCAGGUAUUAACAGACUUGAAAAACACCAUUGAAUUGAAAGGUCAAAAACUUGGUGCAGCGGCUGUCCUGCAGCAAAACAACGUGAUUAACAGCACACAGACAACUUUGCCUCCAGAUGUUUUCCAGAAAGCCCAGGCUGUACAGGCGCUACCUUCUCAGACGAGCUCUUACAUGUUAGUAAGGAAGUCAAAGAGUGAAGGGAUGAAGAUGUCGGACUCCUCAGCUUUAAUAAAAAACCCAAGUAGCAUAUCUCCAGCAGCAGAAGUAUACUUUGAUGCCACAGUUAACGACCGGAUCUGGAGCAAGCUAGACUGCAGCAGUCAUCGUGACAGCAUGUCUUCCUCUUCCAGCAUGUCCUCCAAUGACACUGUGAUAGAUCUCUCUCUACCCAAUCUAGCUCGCAAAAGCCUCCCAGAUCUUGGCAUCCGUCAUGAGAAUUUUGAGCCCCUUGCAGCUAGAAGGGGUAUGCGCCCACGGUCUGCUACAACAUCAGGUAACGAAAUGCCAAUGGUGAGCAAGAGCAAAUCCAAUCCUAACCUGAGGUCUGACCAGCUGCCGGCGGAUGAGCUCUGCCCCCGUCCUCUUGCCAGGAGUCCUCAAGAUGCGUUCUCAUCCAUUCCUAGGAGGCAUACCUGGAGCAGGCUGUACAUCGAAAGUCUCAGGCAAUCUUCUAACAAAUCCAAAGCCCAGGAUAUGGUUGGGAACAACCAGGCAAAAUCCAAGAGUCUUGGAGACCUUACCUCGGAUGAUAUCGUGUGCACUUUCGAAAGCAAAUACCGUAGCAUCAGCAGGAGUUUUGUCACUCGAUCGAUGCGGGAGCAGCGCCGCUCUUCAGGCCUGAGGUCCUCUGUCAAAUCACAGGAUGAACUGACUGAGCAGCUAAAGAAGCUGACAGCCUUUCAGCAGGAAAAUGAUAUCACUUCCCCCAUCAGUCUUGAUCCAACUGAAUCUGAAGAGGAAGGGGAGAGCCUGGGACUCCUGCGCAGGUCCUCCUCCCGCAGCCAGAGCAGGGUGCGGUACAUCGCCAACCGGGCCAAGCAGGCUCAGGAGAGGCAGCGGCUGCAAAGCCUCGGCCAGCUGGGUGGGAGCCCCAUUGAGGAGAGGGGGAAUCCAGAGGGAGCCUGCAGCGUUGCAAAAGCAGUUUGUAUGGAUGUAGCUUCUCCUACCGUGUUUACAACCCAGCCUAAGAACCAAAUUGAUUAUAACACUGACACAGAAGUCUUCUUUAUGCUGAAACUGUAAUUCUGGUGAGCACUGAGUAAGGUGAUGUUUACAUUUCUGUCAAAACAAAACAGGGACCUGAGAGGCACAAAAUAUCCUCGUACGGCUUAGUGCUUCCUGGCCCUCCCUUGAUGGUAAAGGUACUUUAGACCACGACUCCAAAAGAAUAAAUGAGUGCUAAAUUUGUCAUCAGUCUGUGGAAUUAGAACAACCGAGUUUAAUCAGAGACUUACAUUUUUACAGUCUUAAUGACCUGACCUUGCUUUUGUAUUACACUUUCUCCAGCCUCAAAUCUGGCCUCCUUUGUGUGUGAGCACUGCUUGGCACUUACAGUUCGCUCUGUGCAAAACUCACGUUCCGUGCUAAUUUCAGUAAUUGCUUUGUAUAACAGCUAACCAUCAACGUGAUGUCAAUGACUGCUAAGGUAAAUGUUGCUCUUACGAGUUAGGGGUCCAUGAAAGGAGGCUGGAUUUAAAAUCAUGUCCCUUGUUCUGUUUCUUUGAAGAGUUUGAGGCAUCUGGGAAAUGGUCAAAACUGCAGUGGAAUUGUGUCCUUAUUAAUGUAGUAGAUAAAGCCUAUCUUCCAUCAUGGACUUGUUUAUUUCAGUGAAAAUCCAUAUUGCCUCACUCUUUGAAGAAUUUUCACCAUGUUCCAAAGCAAUUCCUUUUUUUUUUUUUUAACUGAGCUUGUUUAUAUAUAUAUAUAAAUAUAUAUAUAUAUAUACACAUCUGUGUGUAUGUAGGUAUGUAUGUCUGCCUAUAUAUGUACACAUGCACACGCUUAAACUGAACUGUGACUGUUCCUUGUCUCAAAGCAUAAUCUUUGGGAACGAGACAAGAGGAGGGAAUUAGAAAAAAGAGACAGGAAAUAUCUUCUGACACUAAUUCAGAAAUGGCUAAAAAGCACACUAAUCUUUCCUUGAAAACAGAACCAUUCCUUCUUUAUGGUAUUUUAACAAUGCUGCUGUACAUAGCACUUUUUGGAUGAAUUUUACUACUUCUGUAUUGCACUGCCAUGCAAAAUUUUCAAUGAUGUGUUUUAAAAAAAGAUAUAUUUAAUUUUUUUAGAUGAACAUAUUUAGAGUUAUAUAGCAAGCUGAAGAGAAUAAUCAUUUUUCCUCCUUUUUUUUUUUUUUUUUUUUUACGUUUUAUUUUUAGGGUAUGUCCCCCUAUUCUCACCCUCCCCUUCCUUCCCAGUCCCUCCCCCCCCAAAAAAAGUCAUUUAUUCUAGAUGUGCAUUUUAUCAGUGAUGGAGAGGAAUGUUUACUGAGAUGCAUUUUAAAGAGAAAUAGAGAUUUAAUUUUAUUUUCAGGCUGCAUAGAGUCCCUAUUAUUGAGAAGAUAUUUUGCUUUUGUUUGUAAUGAUUCUUCUGUAUGUAUUGCAAAACCUAAAAAAUUGUUUGUAAAAACACCUUAUACUACUAAAAUAAACAUAU